AUGUCUGGAGCGAGGCAACACUCAUCUAUAAAGAUCGGAAAGCAUUGCGGAAGUCCACAGCAAAGGCUCACAACGGCCUAUAGCACCUUCGUGGAUAUCAAGUGGAUUGCCUAUACACUAACCAUUAUCGGUUUGUUGCCAUUUUACGCGAUAAUCAAUGAUUUUGAAAUCGAACCAACUCCUAGCAGGCGUCUUAUCACAGCUCUCUACACAAACAGCCUGCGUGCACUGUACCUCCUACUGGCCAUCGCCAAUACCUACCUACUCUUUUCACCCAUCUCACACACCUCGUACUUCAUGUUCGGCAGCGUGGACAACAUCAAUAUGGCUUUGCACAUUUUGCUAAGCAUUCUUUGCUUCAUCACCAUCACUUUGGUUUGCGCCUGGCAGUCGCACGACUUUCUGCAGCUCGUCAAUAGAUUGUUGCGUAUCGAUCAGCAACUACAAACGCUUACGAGUGUCAAGGCGCGCUUAAGUAACGAUUGCGCAUUUUAUCGUCGCUAUUUAAUGUUGUUGUGCAUUUUUAUAGUGCUGACAUUUCAGCCCUUCGAUUGGAGUGAAAAUGUUUCCACUUCGAGUGUGCUGCUACUCUUGUUUUACCUCAUAGAGAAUAUCAUCAGUAAUUGCUUCAUAAUUUUCAUUGCGGUGCUCUGCCACUUGCUGACCAUGCGCUUUCGAUAUCUCAACGUGUACGCAAAGUCCUUUACACUUGCAGAAGCAGAGCAACGCCAGUGCCGUGACAGACAGUUGAAUCCAACAGUUUUCUAUGUGAUUCUGCCAGAGGAGCGUCAGCGCGGGGCACAUGCCGAAAAUCCCUUCAUCAGCGCCAGUUCCUUCAUAUAUCGCACGCACUACGAACUGCUGAAGAUCUUCAAAGAGCUCAAUGAGUUUGUUGGUCCCGCUUUGAUGAUUUAUUUCGUGUAUAUAUUCUAUGUGGUCUCAGCGGCUAUAUAUUUCAUGGCGGCGAUUGCUAAAGGAAAGAUCAGCGACAUGUUCACUGUGUGGCACGUUGCCUCGCUGUAUUUGCACAUAAGUCUUGUAGCGCUGAUCUCACGCUGUUGCAGCACGCUGACGAGGGAAGCUCACCAAAUGUCAGCAAUAUUAUCCAAUAUUUAUGGACGCAAUGAGAAGUGCCGGAAAGUUACAGAUACAUUUUUAACCACAAAUCUUAAGUUGGAUAUACAAUUUACCGCUUGCAAACUGUUCACAAUUGACAACUCAACGCUUUUUAAGUUAUCUUGCGCGGUUACAACGUAUCUUGCUAUCUUGAGACAAUUCAAGCAAUUGGAGAGUUCAAAAUCGGGAAAAUAAGCGAGUCUUGAUGAUAGUUAAUUUUGAAAUAAAUGAUUUUUAUCUGCAAAGGAGGACUCUUCUUCUUCUAAGCGAUACUUAAUAAUUUUAGUUGCGGGCAAUAUACUUCAUAUACCCCAGUUCCUUCUAAUAACGUCACAUUCAACCUAUGAUAAUUUGUUGCUUUAAACAGUAUAUUGCACCAUAUUUAAGACAAAAUAUAUAAAUGUCGUCAGCCAUUGAACCUUAUCGAUAAGCUUUUUGAGCAAAUCUUAUCGCUCGACACCAAG